AGAUUCUCUCCUUGAGAAAGCACACCACUCACUCUCUCCCCCCGCAAAAGCAAAAGCAUUUGGAAAUCACUCACUACUCCGCUCGAUCCACAUCAUAACGAAGAACCCUAUUCCAUUCGCCACCUCCCGAUCGCUUUCCCAUUCACCCCCACGCCGCACGCGCCUCCGUCGAUCCGUCCAUGGCGGCCGGGGGGCCGCCGCCGCAGCAGAUGGUGCGGAAGCUGGCCGUGGAAGUGGUGGACGCACGGGACCUGGUGCCCAAGGACGGUCUCGGCACGUCGAGCGCCUACGCCGUGGCGGACUUCGACGGGCAGCGGAAGCGCACGCGCACCGUGCCGCGGGACCUCAACCCGCAGUGGCACGAGCGGCUCGAGUUCGCCGUGCCCGACCCGGCCACCAUGCACGCCGAGGCUCUCGACGUCUCGCUCUACCACGACCGCCGCUUCAACCCUUCCGGCGGCGGGGGCAAGAACAACUUCCUCGGCCGCGUCCGCAUCUACGGCUCCCAGUUCUCGCGCCGCGGGGAGGAAGGCAUCGUCUACUUCCCGCUCGAGAAACGAAGCCUGCUCAGCUGGAUCCGCGGAGAGGUCGGGCUCAAGAUUUACUACUACGACGAGCCGGCCGUGCCGCCGCCGCCUCCUCCUGAGGAUAAUAAGCCGCCGGAGGGGGGUGACAACGCGCCGCCGCCUGAGGUUCCCCCGGAAGCGCCCAGGGAGCUCCCCCCGGAGGUCCCCGAGCCUACGGAGGCCGCCGUCGAGGUGCAGCAGCCACAGUUUCAGCCUCCGGUCGUCAUCGUGGAGGAAGCUCCGAUGCACGGGCCACACGGCCCGAUGAUGAUGCCGCCAAUGCACGGCCCGUAUGGCCCGAUGAUGCCGCCGAUGCAGCACGGCCCGAUGAUGCCACCCCCGGUGACGAUGCACGCCCGAAUGAUGCCGCCGCAGCCGGAACCGGAGCCAGAGCCGGAGCCGCAGCGUGAAGCAGGUGGGCCGGAUGGCGCAGAGCAUUACCCGCCUGAGUUGCGGAAGACGCGGAUGGCGUCCAGCACGGAGCGUGUCCGCCUCCCGCGACACCCGAGCGGCGGCGGCUACGGGCCGCCCGAUUACUACGCCGCCUCGCCCCGCGUCAUUUCCGGGCGGUUCGUGUCCACCGGUGAAGCCGUCGAGCCGGUGCAGUCGACGUACGACCUGGUGGAGCCGAUGCGGUACCUCUUCGUGCGCAUCGUCAGAGUGCGCGGCAUCCGCCCCUGCGAGGGCCCUUACGUGAAGAUCCAGGCGGGCCCGCACUGCCUCCGCUCCCGGCAUGGCCGCGACGUCUCCGGCACGGGCAGCCCCGAGUGGAACCAGGUGUUUGCCAUCAGCCACGCCAAGCCGGAGCCGACGCUGGAGAUAUCCGUGUGGGACGGCGGCGCGCCGUCUCCCGCGGACGCCUUCCUCGGCGGCGUCUGCUUCGACCUCUCGGACGUGCCGGUCCGCGACCAGCCGGACGGCCCGCUGGCGGCGCAGUGGUACCGGCUGGAGGGCGGGGACCCCGGCAUGGUCACGGGGGACAUCAUGGUGUCCGUGUGGAUCGGCACGCAGGCGGACGACGUGUUCCCGGAGGCGUGGAACACGGACGCGCCCUACGCCGCGUACACGCGCGCCAAGGUGUACCAGUCUCCCAAGCUCUGGUACCUGCGGGCGUCCGUCAUCGAAGCGCAGGACCUGCGCGUGCCGACGCCGCCUCCUGGGCUGCCGUUCGACGUGCGUGUCAAGGUGCAGCUCGGGUUCCAGUCGGCGCGCACCCGCCGGUCAGUGGCCAGCAGCAGCGGCUCGGCGUUCGCGUGGGCAGAGGACCUCAUGUUCGUGGCUUCCGAGCCGCUGGACGACACCCUUGUCCUGCUCGUGGAGGACCGGUCCAUGAUCAAGGAGCCUUCUCUGCUCGGCCAUGCCACCAUCCCCGUCAGCUCCGUGGAGCAGCGCCUGGACGAGCGGCAGCUGGUCGCGUCAAGAUGGUUCAAUCUCGAAGGCGGGAUGGGCCAUGGUCAUGGUCACGGAGACGCCGGGGAUCAUCCGCAUGGACAGCCUGCAGGGUUCUACUCCGGGCGGCUGCACCUUCGGCUUUCCCUGGAAGGAGGGUACCACGUGCUGGACGAGGCGGCGCACGUGUGCAGCGACUACCGGCCGACGGCGAAGCAGCUGUGGAAGCCGCCGGUGGGCGUGCUGGAGCUGGGCAUCGUGGGCGCGUGCGGCCUGCUCCCGAUGAAGACGAAAGGAGGGUCCAAGGGGUCGACGGACGCCUACUGCGUGGCCAAGUACGGCAAGAAGUGGGUGCGCACGCGCACCGUGACGGACAGCUUCAGCCCGCGGUGGAACGAGCAGUACACGUGGCAGGUGUACGACCCGUGCACGGUGCUGACGGUGGCCGUGUUCGACAACUGGCGCAUGUUCGCGGGCGCCGGGGACGAGCGACAGGACUACCGCAUCGGCAAGGUGCGGGUGCGCGUGUCCACGCUGGAGAGCAACCGCGCCUACACGGCGUCGUACCCGCUGCUGGUGUUGCUGCGGUCGGGGCUCAAGAAGAUGGGCGAGGUGCAGCUUGCCGUGCGGUUCACGUCGCCGGCCCACCUGCCGGACACCUGGGCCACGUACACGUCCCCUCUCCUGCCGCGGAUGCACUACCUGCGCCCGAUCGGCGUGGCGCAGCAGGAAGCCUUGCGUGGCGCGGCCGUGCGCACCGUGGCGGCGUGGCUGGCGCGGUCGGAGCCGCCGCUGGGUCCCGAGGUGGUGCGCUACAUGCUGGACGCGGACGCGCACACCUGGAGCGUGCGCCGCGCCAAGGCCAACUGGUUCCGCAUCAUGGGGGUGCUCGCCUGGGCCGUCGGCCUGGAGCGCUGGCUCGAUGGCGUGCGCCGCUGGCGGAACCCUUCCACCACCGUCCUCGUCCACGUGCUCUACCUGGUCCUCGUCUGGUACCCGGAGCUGGUGGUGCCCACGGCCUCGCUCUACGUGUUCCUCAUCGGCGUCUGGUACUACCGGUUCAGGCCGCGGGCGCCCGCCGGCAUGGACGCGCGGCUGUCGCAGGCGGACACGGUGGAGGGCGACGAGCUGGAGGAGGAAUUCGAAGCCGUGCCGGCGCCCGACGUCCUCAGGCUGCGCUACGAGAGGCUGCGGACGCUGGCCGGGCGCGUGCAGCGCGUCAUGGGGGACGUGGCGGCGCAGGGCGAGCGGCUGCAGGCGCUCGUCAGCUGGAGGGACCCGCGGGCCAGCCGGAUCUUCGUCGGCGUGUGCCUCGCUGUCGCAGUCGCGCUCUACGCGAUGCCGCCCAAGAUGGUGGCCGUGGCCACGGGAUUCUACUACCUCCGGCACCCCAUGUUCCGGGACCCCAUGCCCGCGGCCGCCGUCAACUUCUUCCGCCGCCUGCCCAGCCUCUCCGACAGGAUGCUCUGAGAACGUACCGAGAUUGAUUGCUGCCGCUGCCUCGCGCGCGCUGGAAUCAUUCACAGGCUCUAUGUUUUUUGUUUUCAUUUUUUGCUGUAAUAAUUAAGAAUGUGCAGUAGGAAUAUCGGAGGAGAGGAUAGGAGUAACACAACGAUUUUAUUCAUAUAUACCACAAAUAAUGAAACUAUACGAUUUGUCGCA